ACCAAUCAGGAGCCGAGGCGGAGCUAGAAAGGUCGCGAAGCUACCUCAUCCCGGGGCCGAGUGCGAUUUGCAUAUUCAUAAACAGGGCGGGACCAGGCGAGGGGUAUAUAAGGAGCUGCGCCGGCAGCUCUCAGCGUACAUCGUGCUGGGAGUUUGAGCCGCUGUGACUGCUUUGCACCCCACCGAGGACCGAACAAAAUGGCAUCAGAUGAGGGAAAGCUUUUCGUUGGUGGACUGAGUUUUGAUACCAAUGAACAGUCACUGGAGCAAGUUUUUUCUAAAUAUGGACAGAUAUCAGAAGUUGUGGUGGUGAAAGACAGGGAGACCCAGAGAUCCAGAGGCUUUGGAUUUGUCACGUUUGAGAACAUAGAUGAUGCUAAAGAUGCAAUGAUGGCUAUGAAUGGAAAGUCUGUUGAUGGGCGUCAGAUUAGAGUUGACCAGGCAGGUAAAUCAUCUGAAAACCGAUCCCGUGGAUACAGAGGCGGUUCAUCUGGUGGCAGAGGUUUUUUCCGUGGAGGCAGAGGUCGGGGUGGCCGUGGCUUCUCUAGAGGAGGUGGAGACAGAGGCUAUGGAGGAAGCAGAUUUGAUUCCAGAAGUGGAGGAUAUAAUGGAUCUAGAGAUUAUUACAGCAGCAGCAGGAAUCAAGGUGGUUUUGCUCGGUGCGUUUGUGCUUUUCUUCCCCUCUCCCCUUCCCCCAAGGGGCACUGGGGAAUAAAAGUAUAAAGGAAAGACACGAUC